AUGUCAGAAGCCACUCCCUCCCCCGCGCAAGGCGUUGGCCCCAUCUACAGGCCCGAUGGCGAAAAGCCCACAGCGACAGUAUCUAAAGACAUAUCGUACGAGAAUGUCCACGUUUUACCUCAGUCCCCUCAGCUGAUCGCUCUUUUGACCAUGAUCAGAGAUAGAAGGACUAGCCGUGCCGAUUUCAUCUUCUACUCAAACAGGAUCAUACGCCUCCUGGUGGAGGAGGGGCUCAAUCACCUGCCAGUGGUUGAACAAUCGGUCACGACACCUGUAGGUCGCGUCUAUCUCGGAGUCCGGUUCGAAGGGAAAAUAUGCGGCGUUUCCAUCAUGAGAGCAGGAGAGGCGAUGGAGCAGGGUUUGAGAGAUUGUUGUCGUUCUGUCCGAAUCGGAAAAAUUCUUAUACAGAGGGACGAGGAAACUUGCAAGCCAAAACUGUUCUAUGAAAAGCUCCCUGGUGACAUCGCAAAUCGAUGGGUGCUUCUUCUUGAUCCUAUGUUUGCAACAGGGGGCUCUGCAACACUUGCCGUUGAGGUGUUGAAAGCAAAGGGGGUCCCGGAGGACCGCAUUUUGUUUCUUAACCUUAUCGCAAGCCCUUCAGGCGUUGCAGAUUUUGCUGAACGCUUUCCAAAACUCAGAGUAGUGACUGCUUUCAUAGAUCAAGGCCUAGAUGACAAAAAAUACAUCAUACCAGGGCUUGGUGACUUCGGCGACCGCUAUUACACGCUGUAG